AUGCCUCACAGCACUGUUGAGCAUAACACCACAAUCGAUGGCCAACGAGUCGAUGUUGCCUCCCUGGAAACCAUCGAUUUUGCACGCCUGACGACCAAGGAGCCGGCCGAGGUGGAAAAGUUGCUCCGUGCCUCUCAGAUGCCUGGGUUCUUCUAUCUCGACCUUCAGAACGAGCCUGCGAAAGAUAUCCUUACAGAUCUGCGGAAUGUUUACGCAGUUACAGAGAAAUACUUUGACGAGCCUUCUGGGACGGAAACAAAGGGCUCUACAUCUGGGCAGGUCUCUAGCUACAAGCCAGGUGAGAAAGGAGGGACUUUCGAGUUUACGCGCGAGAAAAUGAUUGAAGGAAAACUUGUCCUUCCCCCAACCCUCAAAUCUCACGCCGUGCUGCUCGACCGAUUCGCCUCACUCUGUUACUCCGUCAAUAAGACAAUGCUUUCUUGCUUGUCAGAUGCUCUCAAGCUAGAUGAGGCCAGUCGCUUCGAGAAUCACCACCGUGAUGACCAGCCCAGCGAUUCGGCGCUCAACAUCUACUCGGCGCCAGCGAGGGGAAAGCGUAUCGAUGUGCCUGACAAUACGCACACAGAUAGUGGAUCCUUGACCCUAUUCUUCGGUGACGAGUGGGGCAUCGAGAUGGAGCAUCCUGAGACAAAGGACUGGGCCUUUAUUGAGCCAAGGCCCGGGUGUGGCCUGGUCAACCUGGGCGACUUCUUGCAAUCUGUGUCGGGGAACAAACUCCACUCUUGUCGGCAUCGUAUCGCCCAGCCAGUUGAUGGGUUUCAAAAACGCUACUAUGCUGUGUCAUACUUGAGGCCUCAAAAGACUAUGUAG